GCCAUCUCCGGUUCUCCACACCACCAUUCAGAGGAACCACACCGACACCCCAUCCACUUUAUCUCAGUUGAGAGGUUUAGAAGCGCGCGGUGAAGCACAAAGUGCAGCAAGAGCUGCGAGAAGGAGCGAGCAGCAAUGGCGAGGCACAGCCUCCUUGCCGUGCUCCUCGUCGGGCUGGUCGCGGCCUCCGGCUUCAGCCAGGCGGCCGCCGCUGGCCGGGGCCUUGCUGAGAAGCUCCCCGAGCCGGAGCCCAAGCCGACGCCGUACCCAGAGCCCAAGCCGCAACCCAAGCCAGAGCCAAUGCCUAAGCCUGAACCCAUGCCAAAGCCAGAGCCUAAGCCUCUGCCUAAACCUGAACCCAUGCCAAAGCCAGAGCCUAAGCCUAUGCCCAAACCCGAACCCAUGCCAAAGCCAGAGCCCAAACCGGAACCGAAGCCGGAGCCGAUGCCAAAGCCUGAACCUAAGCCUGAGCCGAGCCGAUGCCGAAGCCAGAACCGAAGCCAGAGCCCAAGCCUGAGCCGAUGCCAAAGCCAGAGCCUAAGCCCGAACCAUUGCCUAAACCAGAGCCUAAGCCAGAGCCCAAGCCUGAACCUAUGCCUAAGCCGGAGCCCAAGCCUAAGCCCGAACCGAAGCCGGAGCCGCCUCCGAAGGGCAAGCCGCCAAUGACUGACAAUUGAUGUGAUACUCACAUAUGACAGUGGGAGGAGGAGAUCGACCCCGUCCGGAGCCACGAUGUGUUAUUUCUAGAAUAAGUGGCGUAGUAUCCGGCUAGCGAGAUAGUGAUGAUGCAUCUUUUUGUAUUGCUUCCGUAUUCCACCAUUCCUUUUAGUUUCUGUUGUUCCAUGCACCCGUGAUGAGUAUUACUACUUUGUAAUUAUCAUUUGCGUGUUGGUAUACGUUCAUCUGUGCACA